UUAUUAGUAUGAACACCAGCACCAGCACCCGUGCUUCCUCCUCCUCCUCCUCCUCCACCACCACGCCCAGAGACCUAAGACCACAACUCCAGUCCCAGCCACAGCAACAGCGACAGCAGUCCCUCGCAUCCCUGACCCACAAACUAACCGAUCACGUCCUCACAACCUUCGACCGCGUAAUCGCCCAAACGCUCGCCACACAUGAUGAAGUCAUCAACAAAAUACCGGUGAUCAAGAUGAAGGGGAAACUGAAGCAGUACAGACUGGUGGACGAUAUUUGGAAGUUGUGGGUGGAGGAUGUUGAGAUUGCCGUUGGUUCGGAGAGAAGGCGGAGGAGGAGACAAAGGCCUGGAAACGUCAAGGCAGAUUUGCGAGACGGUGGAAGCGUUAGAGGUGGAGGAAAGGGUGAGUUGGGUGCUAAGAGGAAGAGAGAUGGAUGUGAAGAUGGGGACAGUGAAGAGAGAGCCCAGAAGAGAAGCAGGGGUGAUGGUGGUAACGGAAUCGAACAGGGUAAGAAAGAUGAUGAUGGAAAGGGACCCGAGGUCAUCAGGGUUGAUAAGCUGUUGAUUGUUGCUUGCGAUGGGAGGGAACCAGAUGCAGGGAAGAAGCAGAAGAAACGAGGAGGUUGAUAAUCAUUGAUGGCGAAAUGGGAGAAAGAGCUGGAGGUUAAUGCAAUGAUAAAUUGGUACAGCUUUGGGAAAAUAAACAAUGAAUAUUCAUGACGAGAAGCAGAGAAAGAAAGAAGAGGGAGAUCAAGAGAUGUGUUGGGAGUCACUGAGUUGUGAUGGGCAAGGCGGAUAGGUGAUCUGAUUGCAAACGAGAAGACAGCGUGUUGCAGCGAUGGACCUAAGGUCCUGCAGAGCGAACCAACUCUGAGAAGGAUGGACGUUAUGAUCAUGACUAAACUGAAGUCUGCGAGGAUGCCAAGUUGAAUGCAACAACAUGCAUUGAGACCGUGAGUUCACUUCUUGUUUAGCAAGC